AUGUUAACAGAAUUUUUUGCAUUAAAUCGAGUAGACGAGAAUGCAAAGAGAUUACUAUAUAAAGAAUUUCCAGAAUAUUAUGUUUGGAACCAACAAAACAAAGAUUGGACUCCUCGGAAAAAGAAAACUGUUAUAGGCCGUAUUGUUACAGCAAAUCCAUUUGAUGGCGAAAGGUAUUAUCUGCGGAUAUUGCUAAACCAUGUAAGAGGACCUUUGUCGUUUGACGAUCUCAGGACAGUUGAUGGUGUUGUGGCUCCAACAUUUCACGAGGCAGCAACAAUGCAUGGGUUGCUACAGAGAGACAGUAGCUUAGAAGAUUGUUUACAGGAAGCAUCUUUAUAUCAAGUGCCAUCCAGUUUGAGACGGUUAUUUGCAACAAUAUUGGUUUAUUGUAAUCCAACAUAUCCGAGGGAGCUUUGGGAAAGUUUUGAACAAGAUAUGUCAGCUGAUUUCAAAUCAACAGAAGAUUCUAUAUCAAAAGUAAGAACCCAAGUAUUGAGGUCAAUCUCUUUUACAAUUGAAUCAAUGGGGAAAGACAUUAAUUCCUACCAUCUUCUUGAUGACGACAUUUGCUUCGAUGAAGAAGAAUUUCAAUCUAGAGAAAUCGAUGAUGAAUUGGCUGUUGCAAUUCCAAAAGAAGAUAUUGCUGCAUCACAAUUUCUUAAUAGUGAACAACAACAUGUCUAUAACGCAGUGCUGGAAAAAGUAUUUGCAAACCAAAAUGCUGCAUUCUUUGUAGAUGGCCCAGGUGGGACAGGGAAAACAUUCCUAUACAGAGCACUUCUCGCAACAGUACGAUCAAGAAAAUUAGUAGCACUUGCAACUGCUUCAUCAGGCGUUGCUGCAUCUAUUCUUCCGGGAGGUCGAACAGCACACUCACGUUUUAAGCUUCCACUUGAUACUGACGAAAGAAACAUGUACUGUGUUAGCAAAGAAAGUGCACUGGCAAACCUACUACGUGCAGCAAAAUUAAUAAUUUGGGACGAGUCUCCAAUGACAAGAAAACAACACAUAGAAGCAUUGGAUAAGAUGCUACAAGACAUCAAUGAUUCAGAUGUAACAUUCGGUGCAAAGGUUGUUGUUUUCGGUGGAGAUUUUCGAUAG